AUGGACAGUCCCGCAGAGCCAAAGAGAAUGGUAGCAUUUGUACUGAUUGACGAAUUGGGGAAUGUAUCGAUACCAAGGUUUGGGAAUAAGACGCCUUUGCAGGCUGCCAAUGUUCCAAAUUUGGAUGUGAUAGCAUCAGCCAGAGUUAAUGGUCUCAUGGACCCUGUGGAAGUAGGUUUGGUUUGUGGGAAUGACACGGCUCAUCUUUCGCUGUUGGGCUAUGCCACGAGUGUAUUACCGAGGGCAAGGUAUGAUCUAGCUUCUGACUUGAUCCAUGAUGGAGGCGAUCGUCUUAAAGAUUUUACUUAUUCUUUUUUCCAACAAUCAAAUUUUACUACCUUGGAUAAGAAAACUGGCAUAGUUAGAUGUAGGAAAGCCGACAGGCAUUUUGAAGAAAAUGGGCCUAUACUUUGUGCUGCCCUGCAUAGAAUGAAGCUCCCAUCUUUUCUUGAUGAUGAAGUAAAGAGUCAAUCAAUCUCUUACAUGUAUGCAACAGAACACCGAUGUGUUGUUGUUAAAGGACCAAGACUGAGUGGAAAUAUAUCAGGAACUGACCCGUUGAAGGACAACUGCUUACUUCUGGAAGCCAAGCCUUCAGAUGAUACUGAUGAAGCGAGACACACAGCUUUAGUUAAUGAGUUAUCCAGGGAGAUAUCAAAGAUUUUGGUUUCUCACCCUUUGAAUGAAAAAAGGUUAGCAAAAGGGAAGAACACUGCUAACAUAGUCCUUUUAAGAGGCUGUGACUUGGGGACUUGGGGAUGA